GCGCGUUUCUUUCGUAAACAUUAAGUGUCAUGCUUUUCGUGUGUUCCUUGUCUUCGCUUCUACGAGCUUGAAUCAAGAGGGAGGAUCGUACAUCAGUGAGAUAUCGCUUGUCUCUUAUCUACAUUAUCACAAAAAGGAUGUUCGGAACUGCGAGAUUACAUCUUCUGAGCGGUAGUCUCUUGAUCAUUUCCACUGGCAUUCUUGCGAUUGGUACCGAGGAUGGUCCACAGUCUUUCGAGACUGUCCAUAACAGUAACGCAGCUAUCUUGAACCGUCUCGGCUUGGCACCCCUUCAAAUCCCUGAUGGACAUCACAAGAAACGUUUAGCUGGUCCCGAACCGCCUGGACUGAAUUCCCAGACACGAAUUCAUCAACCGUACAGUCGUCGACACGGUCAUCGAGACAGUCAUAUUUACAUCGUCAAACUACCAGCCAGUCCGCCGUACUACACGAUCACAAAGCCUCACAAAACGGCGAAGGAUGAAAAAGUAAUCAAAACGGGACCAAAUCUUCCGGUUGGUUUUCAUGGUAACGGCAAGCCAGCAAAAAUCUAUCAUUGGAAUUUGCCUCUGGUGAAGAAGAUAACGGAAAAGAAGAGACUCCAAGCACAAUUACGAAUGGACCAGGCUAGGAAAAAGUUGGAGGAGAGCAAAAAACAUCAGCUAUCCGAAUCAUCGAUUUCUAUCAAUAGAGUCAAUUCCGUUUUAGAUAAUACCCAUCGCCAAGACAUCGAGAAAAAGAAAAUUAUACCGCAUAAGAUUUUAUCAUCCAAACAUAUAAGAAACAAUGAUAAGAGAUUGAAUUAUCCCGAAAUAAUUGAUAAGAAAUCAGACUCGACCAGGAAAACCAUGAACAGUUUAUCGACGAAGACUUACAGGCUCGACGAUUCGAAUAUGCAUAGAAUUCAUUUGACCAACGAACUUCACGGCUCAAGAAACACUUUGCCGAAGGUGAAGAAACACCGGAAGAAGGCAGCCAUGUCUUAUUAUGCGCCAAUCACAACCAAGACAGGCUCUACUAGCAUCCACAAGAAUUUCUCCGGAAAUGGCAAGCCUAAAGCGUUCUACGUAAUAGAGAAGAGUCGUAAACCCGUCUACUAUCAUCCCCUGCUGCCUUAAUCUCCAAAAUUGUUAAUCGCAAAAAGUCAUGCACAAUCCAUGAACGACCUAAGGAAUCUGUUAACUUUAGUAGAUUCCUCUUCGCCACUUCGCUACUUUGGUUAAACAGAAUUACGAAUGGUCGUUCGUUCAAUAACAAGAAAAAGAACGAGAGAGAGAGAGAGAGAGAGAGAGAGAGAGAGAGAGAGAAAGAGAGAGAGAGACUUAGACUAUGACCUCCGUAUCGACGUGUGGUCAAUCAUUAUUCAAGGUCACGCGUAUCCUACAAACCGUUCCAUUUCUAUCACAGUUGUUAGAACACAUUAGGUUUAGGUCGAAGACGUUUCUCUCUUCGGCGGAUGGAGCUUACGUUUAAGAUAAAUUAGGUUUAACUCGUACAUACGUGCAUAAAACGAGGUGCGUCCGUUCAAGUAUCGAAUCGAUCGAUUAUAACUUAAGUUCAAUUAUUUUAAAUAUCUUUUUAUAUACUUCUUAAUCUUCCCUGUAGUUGUAUAACUUUGAUUAAAUUAAGAUAGGCGAUCGGAAUGAUUGAAAGAAAAGAAAAAAUACAGAAGGAAGAAAGUUUUUUUAUCGUGUUCAUAAAGAUCGAUCAAUCUUGAAAACUUAUCAGACGCACCAAGUAAAUCGACCUUACGAUCUUAUUUCGACGUUGACUAGUGUUUUAAAAGUUCUGCGUCGAAAUAAAAUCGUGGUGUUUCUUCUUUUCAUUAAGAAAAUAUCAAAGCUCACUUUCUCGUUACUAGAUUAACGCUGUAUAAUUAUAUUUUUCUAAGUAUAACGGAUACUUUUUUAUAUCCUCGCUCGUCUGUGAGCGAUUUCUUCUUGAUUGAAAAAAAAAUCUAUCACGAAGAAAUCGCACGUACGGACGAUGUCUCGAUAAAGACUGGACAAUAUAUUUCUUCGUGGAAGGUAUGCACGUCUUUUUCUACGUCGGAUCGCGCAAGGAUCUUUCAUUAUACUGGUUUUGCUAUCGAAUCGCAAGAAGAAAGCGACACGAGAUCGCAUUUUUUUAUAUUCUUAUAUAGAAAUACAAAGAUAAGAGAGAUGGACCCGUACACACACACAUAUAUAUUUACAUACAUACAUACAACAUACAUAUAACAUACAUACAUAUAUGCAUACAUAUAUACAUACAUAUAUACUUAUAUGUGUGUAUGUAUGUAUGUAUGUAUAUAUGUAUGUAUAUAUGUAUGUAUGUAUGUAUGUAUGUAUGUAUGUAUACAUGCCGUAAAGAAGCAAUCUAAUACAAACGAGCCAUGUCGUGUGAGAGAAAUAACAUAUUAUGUAUUUAAAUUGACCAACGAUUUUUCUUUUUCUCUCACGAUAAAGUUCGAAUAUGGUACGUAUCUAUCUGUAUAUGAUGUUACUAUCAAGAUAAACAUUAACACGAUCGUUGGCUCGUUUUCCGUUUUCUAUCGCGUUGAUGGGUGUAAUCCAUUAUUUCGCGUUACGUUGUACUUGUAUAUCCCUAGUAAUAGUGGACAUUAUUUCGACUGGUUACUUAUUAAUAGGCAUAACUAUUUUUCUAUCUACGUAUUUUUAAUUUAUAUCGAUUAGUCAACCGUACGUAAAUACUAUACUACGUUUAUGGGAAUUUUCGAUUUAUUUGUUAACAUCAUUAUUAUUAUUAUUAUUAUUAUUUUUAUUUUUAUUUUUAUUUUUAAUAUUAUUAUUAUUAUUAUUAUUAAUUUUCAAAUGCUCCAAACUGUUAGUAUGAUUGUGUAAGUCAUAUAGUGUUAUAUAAUGACAUACAUACGUAUACGAGCGUACACACAGAUACACAAUUAAUAUUAAAAAACAAUAUCGUAUUAUCAACUGUAUGACGAUGAUCGUCUCUGUAUUCAAAACAAAAGGAAAACUUUUUGGCUAUACGUCAUAAUUAAAGAGAAUUGUAGAAAUCUUAUGGGAGUAAUCGUA